CCCCGCAUUAUCAUCAAUCUCUGCUUUGCUGUGUGCAUGGAUACAUGUUAGUCUCUCCUCAAAUGCUACAACCACCAGCAUAAUCUCUCUCUUUGACAUUUCAUGUAAGUCGAUUGAGACCAUAUCAGAGGAGUCACUUUCUCUUACUCUUCACGCCAGUCUGUUCAGACCCUAUGAGAAGGAUUUUGCAGAGAUUCCCUCGUUGUUCCUGUUGUGGCUUUGCCAUGUGUAGCAAUUUUGUGAGUGAAGGAACUGACAGUGGCAAACAAGUUCUGCAAAAUAACACAUGCCCCACCAUGGCUCCUGUCCGGUUGCAUAUUCAAGAUCGUUAUGUGGUGUUGGAUAAUGGUAUACUCCAAGUCACAUUAUCAAAACCGGGUGGGAUUGUUACUGGAAUACGAUAUAAUGGCAUUGACAAUUUGCUUGAAUUUCGUAACAAGGAGACUAAUAGAGGUUACUGGGAUCUUAAUUGGAGUCCACCAGGGGGAAAGGGAAUGUUCGAUGUGAUCGAAGGAACAAAUUUUAGGGUCAUUGUUGAAAAAGAGGAACAAGUUGAACUCUCAUUCUCAAGGUUGUGGAAUUCCUCUCUUGAGGGAAAGUACAUUCCCUUAAACAUAGAUAAAAGGUUCAUUAUGCUUCGUGGUUCAUCGGGGUUUUACUCUUAUGCAAUUUAUGAGCACUUACAGGAAUGGCCUGCAUUUUCUCUUGAUCAGACCCGAUUCACUUUCAAGCUCAGAAAAGAGAUGUUUCGCUAUAUGGCAAUAGCAGAUAACAGACAAAGACAUAUGCCCCUUCCUGAGGAUCGAAUGACUGGAAAAGGUCAACCCCUCGCUUAUCCAGAAGCUGUCCUCCUUGUUAAUGCCACAGAUCCUGAGCUCCAAGGGGAGGUGGAUGACAAGUAUCAAUAUUCAUGUGAAAGUAAAGAUCUUAGGGUUCAUGGAUGGAUAUGCUAUGCUCCCCCAGUAGGGUUCUGGGUAAUUACACCUAGUUAUGAGUUCCGAUCUGGUGGACCAAUGAAACAGGAACUUUCAUCACAUGUAGGCCCCACCUCCCUUGUUGUGUUUCUUAGCGGUCACUAUGCCGGAAAAUAUAUGGUGACAAAUUUUGGACCUAAUGAACCAUGGAAGAAAGUCUUUGGUCCAGUUUUUAUCUAUCUCAAUUCUGCUGUUAAUGGAGAUGACCCACGUUGGCUUUGGGAGGAUGCAAAAAUAAAGACGAUGGAUGAAAUCCAAAGCUGGCCAUACAGUUUUCCUGCAUCUGAGGAUUUUCAGAAGUCAGAACAACGAGGAAGUGUUUGUGGUAGACUACUAGUGUUAGACAGAUAUGUAAGCAAAGACUGUAUUCCGGCAAAUAGUGCUUAUGUUGGGCUGGCACCACCUGGAGAUGUAGGCUCAUGGCAAACAGAAUGCAAGGACUACCAAUUCUGGACCAAAUCAGAUGAGGAGGGCUAUUUCUCCAUACCACAUGUACGUACUGGCAACUAUAAUCUUUAUGCCUGGGUCCCUGGUUUCAUUGGAGAUUUUCGACAUGAUGCUGUUGUUACCAUAACCUCAGGUUGUAAUAUUGAAUUGGGCGAUCUGGUAUAUGAGCCUCCAAGAGAUGGGCCGACAUUGUGGGAAAUAGGCAUCCCUGAUCGUUCUGCUGCGGAGUUCUAUAUUCCUGACCCUCAUCCUAUGUAUCUUAAUAAACUAUAUGUCAAUCAUCCUGAAAGAUUCAGGCAGUAUGGUUUAUGGAGUAGAUACGCAGAAUUGUAUCCUGAUGAGGACUUGAUAUACACAAUUGGUGUCAGUGACUAUCGCAAGGAUUGGCUCUUUGCUCACGUUGUCAGGGAGACAGGUGAUACACGUCAAGGAACCACUUGGCAAAUUAAAUUCAAACUUGACAAGCUGGAUCAGAGCGGUAACUACAAAUUGCGAGUGGCAAUUGCAUCAGCAACCCUAGCUGAGUUGCAGGUCCGAGUUAAUGAUCCAAACACAAAUCGUCCUCUGUUUACAACCGGACUGAUCGGGAGGGACAAUGCAAUUGCAAGACAUGGAAGUCAUGGGCUUUAUUGGCUGUACCAUGUAAACAUACCGGCUACUAAGCUUCUUGAAGGGGAGAAUACCAUCUUCCUUAAACAACCAAGAUGCCAAAGCCCUUUCCAAGGGUUUAUGUAUGAUUAUAUUCGUUUAGAAGGUCCCCCCAGCUCCUAAUUGCUUGACAGGAAGUCUACUUCUGCGCUAUUAUAUGUUCAUAUGUUUCUUUGCUAAUGGCAACUUCUUCUACUAAAAGUGCUUGUAAAUAUGGAUAAAACAUAUAUGAAUAUAUUAGGUGUCAUGUGAAUAUUUUGUUUCCCAUGAAUGUGCAUAUAGUGAAACUGUUACUUACAGCAAGGGGGAUAUGAUCAUUGUUCCCUGGAUGGAUA